AGGAAGAGGGUUGAAUAAACAGCAGGAGAAAGAGAGCAGCUGGUUUCAGGACUGCUGUCAGCUGAAAAGCCAGAGCCACAAAGAAUAAGAGUAAAAAAAAAACUUCUAUUCAAGAGUUUUAGCUUUAUUAUUUACCUAUUUAUUGUGUUUUAAACGUUCAAUAUGGCGGCGACAGAACAGCAGGACUUCACAGGACGACAAGACCCGUCCAGCUCGGUGACUCACUACAGGUCCACAGACAGCAGCGGCGAGCACGACCAUCACAGUAACAGUCAUGGCAGCAACCAUAGCAACCAUCAGUUGCCCACGGCAAUGGCGGGUCAUUGGGUCGGGGCCACUCAGGAAGAGGAGGCCAUUCGCAGGAAGUUGAAAUACUUCUUCAUGAGCCCUUGUGACAAAUAUCAUGCCAAAGGCCGCAAGCCGUAUAAACUGGUCCUGCAGCUGCUGAAGAUCAUUAUUGUUACAGCUCAGUUGGUACUGUUUGGCCUCAGUAACCAGGUGGUGGUGACCUUCAAGGAGGAGAACACCAUGACCUUCAAGCACCUCUUCCUCAAAGACUACGAUGAGUCCUUAGACGACUCCUUCGCCGUUUACACGCAGCAGGACGUCUAUGACCACAUCUUCUACGCUGUGGAGCAGUAUCUAGCCUUACCGGAGACCACAGUGGGACGCUACGCAUACGUCUACGAUGUUGGCGUGAACGGCAGCGCGCUCUCCCUCUGCCAACAGUACUACAAGAAGGGACGCAUCGACCCAGCCAACGACACCUUCAGUAUAGACCCUCACAUCAUCACAGACUGUAUAGGUGUGAACCCUCUGUCGGUGCCUCCAGCUCCGCUAACCGACACCUACAAGAACUUUACGCUCAAGUUCCACAAGUUCGUUAACGUCACCAUAGAGUUUCAGCUGAAGGCGAUCAAUAUACAGACCAUCAUCAACAAUGAGAUCCCAGACUGCUACACUUUUUACAUAACAAUAGUACUGGACAACAAGUCUCACAGCGGUAAGGUGAAGAUCCGGUUAGAAAACCAGGCGACCAUAAAGGAGUGUAAGGACCCGAGCGUCUCUGGACAUGCUGAGAAUUACACACGUGUGGCGUUUGAUGUCGCUGUAGCUCUGGUGUGCACGCUGUCACUGCUGCUGUGUGGACGCUCCAUACUGCGAGGCAUCGUCCUGCAACAGGAGUUUGUGCACUUCUUCAAGGAGACUCUGGAUCGUAAAGUGUGCUGGGCAGACCGCCUGGAGUUCAUUAACGGCUGGUACAUCCUCCUCAUCAUCAGCGACAUCCUCACCAUCACUGGCAGUGUCAUCAAAAUUGGCAUAGAGUCUAAGAAUAUGUCCUCCUAUGACUUAUGUGGCAUCCUCUUGGGGACCUCCACCCUGUUGGUGUGGGUGGGAGUCAUUCGCUACCUCACGUUCUUCCAGAAGUACAAUAUCCUGAUCGUGACACUUCGAGCAGCGUUCCCCAAUGUGAUCCGGUUCUGCUGCUGCGUGGCCGUCAUCUAUCUGGGCUACUGCUUCUGUGGUUGGAUCGUUCUGGGACCGUACCACGUGAAGUUCCGUUCUCUGUCCAUGGUGUCGGAGUGCCUGUUCUCCCUCAUUAACGGGGACGACAUGUUCGUGACGUUCUCGGAGAUGCAGGAGAGCAGCACUCUGGUGUGGCUGUUCAGUCAAGUUUACCUGUACACCUUCAUCUCCCUCUUCAUCUACAUGGUGCUGUCGCUCUUCAUUGCUCUCAUCACAGGAGCCUACGAGACCAUCAAGCACCAAACCCAGGAACCCAUACACAUCACAGACCUUCAUGCCUUCAUAGCAGAGUGUACAGACGCACCGAGCUCUGGGAAGUUCAGAGGUCUGGAGACGUCGCCGUGCUCCUUCUUCUGCUGCUGUGACAGAACAACAACCUAUGAGGACGUCUUGCUGGUGAACUGAAGUUGACCUCCGAAGCCUCAGGAGCCUCAGGAGCCUCAGGAGCCCCCCCUGCUGACCACAGGGAUACACUGCACACUCCCGACAGCCAGAGUCUCUGCACCGUUCCACCGUAUCUGGGUCAAAACUCAGCACUCGUCCGAUGGAUGAGUCGCCAUCAGUCGGACCAGCACCCUGUAGAAGGAAUGUGUAACUUAUUUUUCCUGUCGUCAACUCCCAUAAAGACAAAAAAAGCGAGGCCUGAAGAAAGACUGGACCUUUCCUCUUUAUGAAGAGGACUCUGCUGCCUCGUGGAUGACUAAAGCGCAGACAUUUCACUGUUCCAUUCAGACAGUCCUUUUUGUUUUUUUUUAAUUUUAAAACAGUAUUUUGUUCUUAUGUAUUUGAUAACGCACAAUGCUGAACCAGCAACAGAUACCAAGUUGGGUACAAGUGCCAUUAUGAGGAUUGCAGCAUUGCAUUAAAUGCUGCUGACUGUUUUUAAUUCAGAUUUCAAAGGAUAUGAAGAAAACAGUUUACCUCGAGAAGACAGAGCUCUUAAACUGAGGCAUUUAUACAUUUAUACUCACAACACAUCCAAUAACGAACCUUUUCAUUACACUAAAAUCAUUAAUUUGAAAUGCAUUAAUUUACAGUGGAUGCAUGUAAAUUUAUAGACGGAGGGAAAUCCACCUUCUAGUAGUCUGUCUUUCUCUUUUUUAAUUUUUUUUUAAGACAAUCAGGGCAAAAAUCUCACAAAACUGGACCACAAACACACAGACGAGUUCUCAGGUGUGGAAUUGAUCUGUUUUCUCUCUGCGAGCUGCACCUACAGUAUAACGUUUCAAACAGCACAAGCAUCACGUUGCCUUCUAUCUGUGGCUCCUGGUUUUGUUUUGUUCAUGGCUGCGCUGGGUCGCCGUCGUAGACUGCAUGAUGUAUUGCUUUUAUCUGAGUAACGAUCGAUUAUAAUGGGAUGCACUCACUCACUAAUGAAGCACUCAGCCUCGUCUAUGGUCGGCUACGACAGCUAAGGAGAGCUGUUCCCCAGACCUAUGUGCAUGUUUCUUUAAUGAUGCCAAAGUAUAUCAUGAAAAACAAAGAGUCCAUCCGUUGUUUAGAAGUCAGAAAUAUUGACCUACUCUCUCAGUUUCUGAUGGCCAUCAACAAAUUGUAUCUGACUUGUUUUAAGAAACAAAAGACUUGAAUCGCCUUGUUAAAUGGAGCAGGGUUCAGGGUAGAUACAAAGAGGAGAGCUGUAGCUCUGUAAUAAUGUCAUGUCAUAACUAACUCAGUGCUUUUUAGUCUGUUUGUUGUCUUCGUUAUGAAACAUUUUUCUUUUUCUUUGUACCUCAUAAAACGCACACUAGUUAAAGGAGUCUUACAUACAAAACUCCAAAAAAGGUAUUUUUUAGUAGUUUAUAGUUUCUUUUGUGAAGAAGAGAUGAUCUCUGGUCCAAGUAGUAAUGGGUUAAUGCAAUGUAAGAUGACAGUAUUGUUUCAGUCAUCUCAUUUUGUGGACUGUUAGCCAGCGGUGUCACAUUUAAACUAAAUAUUCUGAUGGCAGAGCUGUGCCAAAUGGAGCCAUGGCCUUAACUUAAACAGGUAUGACACGCAUGCAUAUAUUAUCUAGUAUUACCUAGAUGUUCCUUUCCUACAGUGUGGAGGUGUCAUGUUGGUUUUUUUUUAAUAUAUAUAUAUAUAAAUAAUCUGUACUUGAACUGUACUUGAAAAAAUGAAACAUUGAAGUCGUCACAUUUGCUGCCAAUCUACUGAUUAAAGGUUGCCGGAUCAUCUUUGACAUUAAAACUUUCAUUUCAUCGUGUAUCAUGCUCUUAACUUUAUUGAGGAGGCCACCUUCUGUUCAAGUGCCAGCAGCUGAAGACGUCAUGUUUCAGGCGGCCGCAGCACCUCUGAAAUGUCAGAAGAGGGAGUAAGUGACUCGUGUUCACACAAAGGAAGUGGGAGUCGACUUCAUACCGUCAUUCUACUUUGCUGGCAGAUGAAAA